UCACUAAUUUUUCUCUGUUAUUCUCUGUUACUGUUUUCACUUUUCAUUCCUUUCACAUGUAAACAUACAUCUGUAAAAUCAAAUUGUUUUGUUUUUCUUAUUUAAUUUGAUUUAUCUAAACAUCAUUUGUGAGUCAAAUUGCUACAUAAUUAUUAAUCAAUUCAAUAACAUCAACUUCAAUGUAAUCUUUUGCUUCUUUCACAUUUUUUUUGGAUAACUAGAAACAGCUGAUGUCAUCAUGGAUCAUUCAUCGCCUAAUAAAAGUAUUCAACCAAUGUCAAUAUUUGACUUGCUCGAGCUGGAUGAAGAUGAAAAUGAUGAUGAAUAUAAUCCAGCAGAGGAAGAAGAGGUUGAAGAUGAAGAAGAAGAGAUUAUUGAAGACUUGUUUAUGGGGGACCCAUGUCGAUCAGAUGAACCUUCUGAUAUUGAAAUGAGUGAAAGUGACACAAUCGCUCGUCGAACUAGAUCAAAAUUUCAGAUUGAAGAGGAACCUAAGGAUACUAAAGAGUUCCCGGAUGUAACUGAGGAUUUGUACGAACCAGCUAAAGUUGAUGAUGACGAAUGGUUAAAUUUUCUUAACUCACUGUAUCAAGACAAUCCUAGCAGAAUAUUUGACGAAGAUGAAGCCAAAGACCCUGAUUAUAGUGUAUUUGAGGAUGUAGAUGAGCUUGCUGGAAAAGAAAAUCAUGAAGCUGUGAUUCAAAAUAAUUUAGAAGUUGCUCCAGUUGAGAAAAUUGAUUUGGAAGCAGCAUCAACUAGUGAUCUCUCAAAGUGGAGUGCAUUUUUUACCGAUGAAGACGUUAUUCUUUUACAUCAUCAAAUGGCACAACAUGUUCAACUUUUGACACAACAGUAUUUAUUAACUAUGACCAGUCAAACUAUGGGAAAUGUGGCUGAAAAUGCUGCUUUCCUAAUCAAAGAAAUUAAUCAAUUUGCUUGUGGAAAAGAAGUUUCCAUUUUUCGAACUCCAAAUCUGCCCGGUGCCCUAAAAAUUUUGGAGGAUCACCCAAUAAAUCCAAGUAAUAUAACAGUUACCGCAAACUCAUGGCGACAAUGUCCAGUCCCUGUUAUUGUUAGACCAAUCAUUGCAAAUAAUCCUCACGUUUUUCAAUAUCAUCAUCUCUUACCUCGAAGUGGUUUUCCAGAUAUUAAACUAUGUGACAAUCAAAAAAAAGCUAACGCCAAAACUAAAACAAAAUUCAGCCUUGCAGAAGACCAUUUGAUUGCUUUAGGUUUAGAACAAUUUAGCAGUGUUGACAAAAAACUUGUUUGUCAAUAUAUAAAGCAGCUAUUGCUUCCGGUGAAAAGUGUUGACCAAAUUAGGAUGCAUAUUAAAAAUAAAAGACGCCAUAUAAAUGAUGAAUCAAUUGGAAAAUGUGAUGAAAGUAAUCCCAUUACUUUUUAUAUUAAGUAUGGUAAACUUUUGCCGAUACCUAGAAAAAUGCCACAGCCUAAAUUAGACUACUCAAACCUAAGUGAUUUACCUGAAUGGUUAGCAAAACAUUUGGAUCCCAAUUUUAUAGCUAAUACCAAAACAAAAGUUCUACCUCGUCUCAAACUUUCUCCUCUCAAAGGUACUUAUUCACUUAAAUAUCCUUCGACUUUAUCAUCACCCAACAAAGAAACAAGUAUUGUUCUUCGGCGAUAUCGUUAUCUGAGUAAAUUACCUUACAUCAAACCCAAACCUAUGCCAAGCUUAACCUCCCCUGAAAUCACUGUGAUCAAUGUAGAGAAAACCCCUUCGUUGUCUCCUCCUAUCUCAACCACCUGUGAAGUAAACCAAAGCUUGCCUCUUCAAACGUCUGGUGAGGUUAAUAGUGAAGAUAAAUUGGAAAUUGAAGUCUCUGAUAUAGUGGAAGAAGUUGCUCAAUCUGAAAAUAUUGAAGAAAAAUCAUCUUCUAAUUGUCAAGAUAACGAUAUUCCAAUGGGUGAAGAUCUCGCAGUAUUCAAUUCUGAUAAUGCAGUUCAGAACGAAGAUGAUGAUGAAAGUGAUCUUGCCGCUUUGAUGGUUGCCAGUUCAACAAUUACCAGCAAUAAAGGUCGGAAUAAGUCACAUGAAUCUAGUUCUGUCAGCAAAAAAGAAGCCAAAAAGUCACUUGUCACUAAGCACAAAGAAUCCACGGUACUUCUUCUUUCGGAAGAUUGGUUGCUUAAUGAUUACAAUCGUGAACAGAAAGAACAAAUAAUGGUCCAAUGUUUUAUAAACAAGGUCCGGGAAGCCUUGAAAAGUGACGAGGACUAUGUCCAAUUUUUAAACUACUUAAACGAGUUUGGUAAACAAAGAUCAACUAAUGGUUCCAUCAAAGAUCUACAUCAAAAAACUGAAAAAUUAUUGCGUAAAGUGAAUGCACAACAAGUGAUGGAGGAUUUUGUUCUUCUUCUAAAUGCAUCUGAAGCUCAAGAGUGUGGAAAAAUGUACCAAUAUCUUCAUUGGAGACGAUAUUUGAGUUUUAUUCGCAAAUUGGAGGUUUACUCAGCAGUGGAACCUAAUUGUAUCCCAAGACUGCACAAAACCUUGGUUCAAUUGAAAUUAUCUGAGACACCAGUUAACAAACAAAGAUUAAAAGCUGCCGUUAGCAAAGCGAUUAGUGGUCAUCCAUAUCUUAUAAAUGAAUUUUCUAGUCUAUUUUUGGAUGAAAAACCAAAAGAUUAUCUAUUUGCUAAUGAUGAAGAUUUUGACAACAUUGCAAUCACCAAUGCUCAAGAUUUGAAUGCAGCUGACGAUGAAGGCGAUGACUCUUUUGAGAAUGUAAUGGUUGAUUUAAAUGGCGAAGAAAGUAAAUAUGGUACAAAUGCGUGCCCUUGUAAGAUUUGUCACAAUAAUGUUAACAAUAACAAUAAUUGCAGUUCCAGUAAUGGCUCUGAAAAUGCUACAAGUGCUCCUCUUCGUCAUUGUGCGUCUUGUAGUUUGAAGUUUAUUGGAGGAAAAAUCUAUCUUCAGGGUCCUAAAAAGAUUCAGCCUGCUGAAGUGCAAUACCUAGGACUUCGUGAAUCUAGAGCUGUUGUGAAUCAACCAGAGUCAGCAAGUCCGCAAACAGUUGAACCCAGUGUUAGUGUUGAUCAAUCUAACAGUACACAAAGUUCAGUUGAAACAGAAUCAUGUAAUAAUGAAAAACCAUGGACUUUGGCUGAAGAUAAAUUACUAUUGGAAUUUUGUAAAGCAAAAGUGUCAAUUGACGAUGAAGCAAACCUGAUUGAAUUGUUUAAAGAAAUCUCUUGUAAACUCAAUCGUCCUUGUGAUAAUGUUGUUGAAAGAUUCAACAAAUUAAUGGACCUAUUUAAACAUGAAAAAAUCAAUCAAGAUUCUGAAAAAAAUGACUCAAAUUAAUUUUUUUAUCAUACUACAUUUUUUUCGAGCUCUGUUAGCUCAAAUUAAUUGCCUCGGCACAAAAUAUACUUCACAACGCCCGAUAUCUUUUUUUCAUAAACGCUUUUCAAUAAUAAAUAAUUAAAUUACUUUAUUGAA